AAAUAGGAGAGGACCAGACCAGUGCGGGGAGCCUCCUCGCCCUUCAUCGUCUGGAUCUAUCCGCCAAUGCUGCGCCGCAACCCUACCCGCAUCGAGCUCUGCUCCGACGACCGCGACGAGCUCGAAGAGCACCGCCGCGCCGCCGCGGGGAGCACCCCAGCCGCCACCAUCAAGGAUCCGCCCGGCUACACCACUCCGUCCCCGGUCCUUGGCCCGCAGACCUCCAACCCCCUACUCCGCCUCCUCCACCCACCGCCCGACGGCGCGCCGUCCAAGGCGCAACGCAUCGGCAUCGGCAUCGGCCUCUCCACCCCGCCAGCCCCGGGCCCUGCCCCUCGACCACACAAUCCUCCCCAUGGAGGUUGAGAUCAAGCUCCGCCUCCCCGACGCCGCCGCGCACCGCCGCCUGUCCGCGUUCCUCGCGCCCCGCCUCCGCCGCACCCACGCCCAGCGGAACCUCUUCUUCGACGCCGCCGCGCGCACGCUCGCCGCCGCCACCGCCGCGCUCCGCGUCCGCCUCUACGACGGGCCCGACGACCGCAACCCCUUGCGCGCCGUCCUCGCGCUCAAGCGCCGCCCGCGGAUCGACGCCGGCGUCAGCCGCGUCGAGGAGAUCGAGGAGACGCUCGACCCCGCGCUCGCCCUCGCCUGCGCCGACGACCCCGCCCGCCUCGGCGGCCUCGACUCCCCCAUCAUCCGCCUCGUCGCCGCCGAGUACGGCG